AUGGUUCAAGUAUCACAAAUUGAAGCUUAUCACUCAUUGAAGGAUAGAGCGGAAAGUUUUAACUUACUUUGUAUCGUGGAGUCUAUAAUUGGUGGUCUUAUUCUAGAACAACCUAAAAAUCCUAUUGAAUAUAUUAAAAAUCGUCUAAUUGACACAAAACAUAUUCAAGAAAAUGUUAAAAUACACAAUGAAUUAUAUACCUGGCCACAUCAUCCAUUAUUAGAUUCAUCUAAAUCUCUUACAAAUGAUGAACAUCAUCAUUUCCUCAAAAGUUGUUUCUAUCAUCGUAUUAAAUGUUUACAAGGGGAUAAAUUACCUCUUGAACAUACAUCUGAAAAUGAAUCUAACAAUACUGAAAUUACAAAUCCAUUAUUCUCAUUAACAGAGCUUUAUUUAAAUCCAUAA